AUGAAUUUGUAUACAGGGAAUGUUGCUGGGGUACCCGCCGAUACAAACGUGCCGAGAAAUGCCAUCAUCCAACAUGUUAUCCUGAGCGAGCGUUAUAUAGCCAAACCCAACGAUACUAAAGGUGCGGGUAUUUAUGCCGAUUUGAAGACUUGUAACUUAUUAUGGGAAUAUAAUCCCCGUUACCCCGAAGACUUUAUCAACAGUCUGAUGACUACAAGGGAAAGUGGGCUGAAUAUGGACGGUUGUGUGGUGGAUACAGCGACUCUUAUUUCUAUCUUAGAACAGUUACAUACCAUUGUGCCUCCCUACGAGUUCGCAAACAUGGGCCCAGUUGCGAAAGCCAUCAUGGCCGACACCCUGUCAGAAAAGGUGCGGCGAGAAUACAUCGACUACGCAACCUUACACGCUAAGCAAAGUGCUGUACAUGCUGUGAUGUCUAGGAUGCGCCCUUACGGCCUACUCAAUAACGAGACCAUCACCCCUAUGACCGGUAUGAAUCGGUUUAAGUCAGAUGUGUUGGCCCAUGGUACUGUGACUGGUACCAUGAGUUUGCCUUGGAUGAUCCCUGUUGACCGCACCCUCAAUCUGAAAGAAUCGAUACACGGAGUUGAUGACUCAAUGAAUAUCUAUGUGGCCAUAGGGCCAAACAAUGAGUUACUUCUGGGCCCUGGAUCAAGUCGCCACAUGAGCUCUUCCACUGCAGGCGGGGAUAGGUUGCACACUGGGCUACGACCGAGUACGGUAAUGCAGGGGCGAAGAUUGACCAAAGAUGUUACCGUAUACGACCAAUCAUACACUUUGGCCUUUGUUUUUGCUCCGGUCUCUACCACUGACUAUGGUGUGGUCCAAGAAAUAAAAAGCAGGUGCUGUAGGAAUACAGCUUGUCAUAAUGUACUUCCGCGCCAGUGGCGUGACAUCAUUCUUUAUAAGAUUGGUCGAGUUUCCGUUAAUCCCCACGAAAUCGAAGAAAUGGUCACUCUCGAGGGGUCAUGCGUGAACAAAAUUAACUCUUAUACUUUCAGCAUCGGUCCUGGAAUCUUCUGCCAUCUGUGGUACCUGCGGGACCAAGAGUAUAUGGUCCAGCCCUUAGAUGCAUUGAUUCCAGUGAUGCCCGACCCCUACGUUCUUGAAGCUUCACAUGAAGAUACAGGUGUUUUAGAAAGUUUACCCGAGUCACAAGUAGUGCAGCAAUCAACGACAUCACCGGCCCCCAGCGCGCAGCUGGAACCAGUCGGUAACCAAGACUUUGGUACCCAGGCCCAUAGUGACAAAAAUGAUGAGACGGCAGAGAGGGAGGGGGGGGAGAACAGUGGGUCUGAAGAGGAUGAUCUCAUGUUUGGACCCGAUUUGGGAAAUCAGCAGGGUGUUCCUCUUUCACAAUAUGGAGACUUUGUGAGGGAGUUCACCCAACCUAAUUCCAAACAAAAACCAUCUACAAGGCCUGUCUCUAACAAAUUGGUAAAAGGCAAUAGAAGUUUAAAAAGGCGAAGUGACCUGAAUCCUGGGGGUUCCACUGGUAAGAGAUUUAUACCUAACUACCACAUGUCUUUUUCAAAUAAUCAUCAUUUGACAACACCUAUCGAUCCCAAAACUAUCCUGGAAACGCUGGAAUUCCAAUUUCAGAAACCAUCGACCUCGCCCGAUCAAUUGGCGGGCGUGCUUUUAUCCCAUAUAGUAGCCUGGUACGGAAGGAAUAGUCAUGUGGACAUGGGACAUCUCAUCAUUGCGUGUAAAAAAUCACCAGCCUGGCAGACACUGCUUUGUGGACUGAUUGAACAGUUACCUGGCCACCACGAGGCGCACCUGUUUUUUGACAAACCCGAUGAAGACGGCCAGAGGUUUGUCACCUUGCGAAGAACGCACAGCAUAACACAAACAACUCGAUUUGAUUGGGGGAUUCCGACCACUUGCCUAGUGAGACACGUGAUAAAUGCAGCCAAACGUACACCUUGCAAUCCCAUGGAAUCAAUAUGGUACAGUACUCAGGUGCAAAAUCGCUCUGAAAACCUACGGCUAUGUGGAGAGGAGGCCGAGCGGAGAAGUCGCCUAAAGGACGUCCUCCGUUACGUAGACACUGACCCGGUCACGGAUGGGGGGUCACGUAUGGGGACAGAUGAUUUAGCAACAGUUAUUAUAUGUUUUCAUUUCAAGUUGCCGUGUAUGACUAGUGAAGAUCAGCGAUUGGGCACUGAGACCAUGGAGUCACCCGAAUUCAAACCUCUGUUGACCAGAUUCCACUCCUACCGUUGA